CUUGCUGCUAGUAAUAAAAAAAUUCCUUCCUUCUAGUCUUUUCCCUUCUCCCUCUCUUUCUCUCUCAUCUCUUUUCUUAAAACAACACUUCAUCGAAAAAAAAGAGAGGCGUUUUCCUCAUCCCGCAUAUACAUCCGUAAUAUACACAAUGCUCAAGGAUUUCAAGCGUCGCGUCAGCAGAUGUUACACGCCGUCACCAUCGACCCUUGAUACCAAGAAGAGGGACAGUACCAUGAAUGACAAGAAGCCCCCGCGCAUGAACAGCACCAACGGAAACAACAGCACCAACAACAGCAACAUGAGUAGCAAACGUAAGGAGAAACGUCCUCUUCAGCCAUCGCCCACGAUGGCCAGCAGUAUGACGACGGCGAUGGCACCAUCGCCAUCAUCUCCUCGUCUUCCCAAUAUGACUGGUGCUGGCGCAAGAGUAAUAAUGCAAGGCGCUAAUCGUAGCAACACCUCCAGCCUAUCGACCUUGUCAUUAUCAACGCCAUCCACUCCCACGUCACUCGCCAGCCCAUCACCUACACCCAAUCGACUGCAAUCAUCAUGUAGCUUGAUGACCAUCGGCAGUGAUCAGCUUCUGGACCACUCGCACUUGAAGCCAGGAGUCAAUGCCGAGCUGCUAUCGUACAACAAAACGAUCAACAUGUAUAGAGAAAAUGCCAAGAAGACCAACAAUUUGGAUAUCCAAUGUGACUUUGCCAUGUUUUUGGUCGAGGCUGCCAAACGCAUUGAAGUCCCGGAAGACGAAUUCGAUGACAACGAAGAAGACAACGACGAUGAAAACGAGGACAACCCUGGCAACAACAGCAACCAUCGUCGCGAUAGCAACAACAGCAGUAACGAUAGCAACGAUCAUGUAGACGAAGACGAAGACAACGAUACCGAUGAUAACAAUAACAAUGACGAUGUUCGUAGCUUUACGCCUUCAACAGCUUUCACGUCGAUCAGUGCGGCGGAACGAGCCAACCAGUACAGGAUGCGACAAUCUUAUCUGCUCGAAGCGGAGAAGCUGCUCAAGCAAGUUUCCCUGCGUGGCCAUAGCGAAUCACAGUUCUAUCUGGGCAACAUGUACGCAGCGGGAAUACUCCACAGAUCUGGCAAGCCAGAGUUCGACAAGGCAUUCCCUUUGUUUGUACAAGCAGCCAAACACCACAAUCCCGACGCGGCGUUUCGUACGGCCAAAUGCUAUGAAGACGGACUCGGGACCAAGCGUGACAGGACCAAAGCGUCGCAGUACUACAAGAAAGCGGCGUCUUUAAACCAUCCCGGCGCAAUGUAUCGCUUUGGACUGGCCGAGAUGAAUGGUGAAUUGGGUGUUACACGCAAUGUGCGCGACGGACACAAAUGGCUCAAACGUUCAGCCGAGGCUGCAACACCUCAGUAUCCACAUGCACUGCAUGAACUGGCACUGUUGCACGAAAAGGGCUUUGAUUCCGUCAUAUUCGCCGAUCCCGAAUAUGCUGUCCAUCUCUACACAGAGGCUGCCAGCCUGGGCUAUGCUCCCUCUGCCUUUCGCUUGGGCGAAUGCUACGAGUUCGGGCGCCUCCAAUGCAAGAUUGAUCCUACUCUGAGUAUCCAAUACUACAGUAUCGCUGCCAACCAGGAUCAUCCGGAGGCCUGCUUUGCCUUGACAGCAUGGUAUCUGAUGGGAACUGACACGCUGGAAUCGUCUGAGGACCAAGCCUUUGCGUGGGCGUACCGUGCAGCUUCAAUGGGCUUUCCCAAAGCAGAAUAUGCAAUUGGCUACUUUCAUGAAGUGGGUAUUGCCGUUCCAAAGGACAUGCAGGAAGCAAUUCGCUGGUACAUUACCGCAGCAGACAAGGGCGAAAAGCGUGCGGCCGCUCGUCUUCAUCAACUGCCUUCGCGGUAUCGAAGUAGCAUCCGUCGAUCGACAAGCGCCGUUGUCUCUGUGCCACCGCCACCGCCAUCCAUCCCUCACUCACCGUCGCGCUUUGUCCAGCACAGGGAAAGCUUCAUAAGCCGCGCAAAGGGACUUUUGGGAUCAAAAAAGGGAGGUGAAGAGCCCAUAGCUAACUUUGUCUAGCCAUUCUUCUUCCCAUCCUCAUUUUUUUUAGCGGCUCGCUUUUUGUUUUCGCACAUCAAUCGCAUACCCCCUUUCAUUUUCUUCGUAGUAGUCCCAUCCCACGAGAAAAAAAGCUUCUUGCCAUUUCCCCCCAAAAAACCCCCCUACGCGUUCCUUGCUUCUUACAUCUUACAUCUUACAUCUUACAUAUUAUUUACUUGUUUCUUCUCCCACCAGGCCCUAUCCAAUCACGCCAGUCUCGCGUACCCACUCAAUCUUUGCACAUGCAUUUUAUAUUCGUAUAGUAGAUAACCCCAUGGACCUGUAACCGUCUGUAAUUGGCCGCUUUGCAAAUAGCGCAUUUUCUAUAUCUUCAACUGUUCUUUUACUUUCCUUUUUUUCCCUAUCACUUCGUCCUAUGUAAUAACUCUCUUUUGUCUCGUUCUCUUUCUCAGACGCUAAAAAACGCAAGCCACUGUGCUACUAAUAAAACCAAACCACGUAUAUAUUAUAUGGAUC